CUCACUCCCACUGAAGAAAUCGGCAGCCACUAAUUAGAAGAAUCAAUUGGGAGAAGGGGAACUGGAAGGUCGUUGAAGAUGGAGGAAGAGAUUAGUGGUAGAGGUGGUGUUGCGAGCGUCAAGGUUGAAGCUCUUGCCAAUUGGGGAACCGGCGACCGGAGAGUUGACACUCUCAAGAAUGAUGGCCUAGGGGCCGUUCGCGGCCGGCAGCUGUGGAGAGGUGAAGGAGGGUUUUCGAUCAAGCGGUCCAAGAGGGGCCCCCUGAAAAUUGGGGGAAUUUCAUCGAUAGAUGAGGCGGCGAGAAAAGUAGUCGCGAUGUUGGAGUCGACGGGAGGAUCUAGAUCCGGACGCGAGAGAAAGUUUAGAUCGGGCGUUCCAGGAGGGGACGGCGAGGGCGGUGUUUGGUGCGAGCUUCCACCGCAUUUCUUGAAGGAGACUCAUGGCGAGAAUGAGCUUUUGACUUUCUAAUUACGCCAAGUUAUUGAAGGAGCCUUAUUAGGGCUCUAGUGGCGGCGACUCAUACUACUUCUGGUAUAGAUUCGGCUCCCCUCUCGGGAUUGUUCUGGAAUUAGGAUGGUUUCAUUUGGGGGUUUCUAUUGAUUGGAUUGGGGGUUUUAUUGUUGGGGAGAGGAAGAUGGUUGCAGAAUCAUAUUAAGGGUUCUUUGGAUUGGAUUAGGGUUUUUUUUUUGUUGGGGGUUAUGUGGCGGGGGGAAGGCUGGUAUGUUUGAAGAGGAAACGACAGAGGGAGGAGGAAUAGAGGGUCUCCAACCAA